CAGGAGUGAUAUCACGACGGAGCGCUCUACGAGCAGACUGCUAAGGUUAUAUAGGUAAUUUUAAAGUGGAUUUCGGUGCUCAGGACCACUGAGCGGCCAUGGAAGAACUUACAGCGUUCGUCUCGAAAUCUUUCGACCAGAAAACCAAGGAGAGCAGUAAGGAGAGUAUCACGUACAGGGAAGUUUUGGAGAGUGGCUUGGCGCGGGCGAGGGAGCUAGGGAACUCGGAGACAAGUCUACAGGACAUAACGGAAGGCAGCAACCACUUCCCAGUACAUCUAUUCAAGGAGCACAUAGAGCUAGAGAAAGAAAAACUCAAGGAGUUUAACGUUUCAAGGGCCACAGAAGGGAUAUAUGAGUGUAAAGAGAAGAAGGAGGACCUAAAGUCUGAGGACGAGGACGCACAGAGCAAACUGAAGCAGCGGCGGAGCAGGACAAACUUUACUCUGGAACAGCUCAACGAGCUGGAGCGCCUGUUCGACGAGACUCACUACCCCGACGCCUUCAUGCGGGAAGAGCUGAGCCAGAGGCUGGGACUGUCAGAGGCAAGAGUGCAGGUUUGGUUUCAAAACAGAAGAGCAAAAUGUCGGAAACAAGAAAACCAGAUGCAUAAAGACACUUCUUCCUACUUUCCAGGUGUCAUUCUGGGCACUGCCAGUCAUCUGGAUGCCUGCAGAGUAGCGCCCUACGUCAACAUGGGAGCUCUACGGAUGCCUUUUCAACAGGUUCAGGCCCAGCUCCAGUUGGAGAGCGUGGCUCACUCCCACCAUCACCUGCACCCUCACCUGGCAGCGCACGCACCCUACCUGAUGUUCCCGCCCCCACCCUUCGGACUUCCAAUCGCCUCGCUAGCGGACUCAGCCUCUGCAGCGGCGGCCGUGGCCGCGGCUGCCAAGAGCAACAGCAAGAACUCUAGCAUCGCCGAUCUCCGACUCAAGGCAAGAAAACAUGCUGAAGCUCUGGGUCUCUGACCUCACCAGGCUUCCCCUCCACUUGCCCCACGCCCUCAUAAUAACCCACUUCUCACACAAGACUGAGCCCAGUGAUCGGGUCUGACACUUACAGCUUAAACAAAAAAAUUAAAAUUAAAACAAUGAGAGGGAGAAUGUAAGAGAGAGAUAGAGAGAGAGAGAAAAAGAAAGACACAGGUAAAGAAAGGGGUAGAGGAUAAGUGGAGGAAGAGGAGGAGGAGGCGGUGGAAGAUGGAGGAUGGAGCGAGAAAAUUGUCACAAAACCAGCUAUCAAAACAACCACUUGUAGAGAGAACGGUAAAUAAAUACCAAUGAAAUCUCCUUUUACUUUUCGCCCAACAGGCAGGACUUCUGCGGGGCCAGUGGCUCAGUCCACUCCAGGCACACAUCACAAGUCCAGGACCAUACAAACACAUGUGGAUGUCUGUCUGAGCUGAAGGACAGGGCCAGGCCAGGGCCAGGCUAAACCAGGCCAGACCAGACCAGGAGACUUUAGAACAAAGCAAACUGUCAAAGCAAGCAAGCAGGGUGCAAAUACUAGAGCCUCACUGAAUCCGAUGCCGUCACGUUGACUUUACAGACUGUUGCAUGUGUGAAAAAAGACACUGACAACACAAGGCAUCGGACCCGCUCUAAACUUUACACACAAAAAAGACAAACAAAAAACAAAAAAAAAGAGAUAAGAAAUGGCCACUGUAUUGUUUCCUGCCGCUGCCCAGUGCAUGAGUUUGAUUGCAGGACUGCAGGUCUAUCAUGGAGCCUGGCCUUUAUGUUGUAUCUGACCUAACGCCCCAAUUCUGUUGUAUCACUGCCAUUCAAACCGCCCUCUAUACCCUCAUCCACAAGGCCAAUGGUCAUUUGGGUUUGAUUUCCUUUAAACUUUUGACUGACAGAAAGAAGCAAUUCGAAUUCCUUAUUUUUUCUGCUUUCGGAGGACUAAGAUAUGUGUUGCCAGGAAUGUGUCUGAGUCCAAAUGUCUUUUAGCUUUUCUCCUCACAUUGUUCUCUCUCUCUAGCUUUCUUUCUUUCUGUUUAUAGUGCUAUUUCCUAGGAAUAGAAGUGAAGAUAUUCUUUGCACUUCAGGUUUUGUAUGUGUGCGUUUACAAAUGGCACUACUAGAAGAUACUACUUUACUAAAUGAGGCGGGAAUAGGAACCAAUUUGGUUUUUAUCAUGUCAUCAAAAAGAGACGUUCACAAAACGUUUCGAGGGAUAAAGGGUAUAACUGCAAUUUUUUUGUAAUUUUUAAAACAUGAAGGAAGCAUCAGUUAAACUGAAAUGCACUUUUGUGCAGUUUAAGUGCAAUAUUGUAAAUAUGAAAAAAGUUUAAAAAUAAUAAACAAAUUGUUCAUUGUUCAUUUUAAACAAAUGAUUUUCAGUCAUUUAUUUCAUGCACCGAUUAAAUCGGUGUGUCUAAUUUCUUUGCCAAACAGAUCUGUUUUUCCUAAAGCAUUGUAUUAUGUUGCGAACUCAUCCUCAAUCAUGCGCCAUAACUCCAGAGAUUCAAUGGUUUUCAAAUGUAGUUUUGUACACAUCAGAACACAAUAAUAGCCUGUUUAGGUAGACAUGAGCACAUGUGUUUCAUGCUGCAGAAAUUAACAAUUGAAAAGCUAGGAUCUGAAAUAAUUUAUCAUAAUUGAUAUGGGACAAAGAAUUGAUGUUACAUUCCACCAAAGAUUCUAACAAAUUUGACAAUAUAUGUUAUGGGAACAACAAAGCCAUGGCAGUGUUGCUUUAGGCCUGUACAUAUUAAACGUUGCAUGUUUAAGUUGCAAUUUCAUGGUAAGAUAAGUAAGAUAACAAGAUACAACCUAGAUAAAUAAUGCCUACCACCUAGGAUAAAAUGUUGAACACUUGUAAAUUCAAAGGGUAUUUUUUUGUGUCAUUGAGAAACAGAUCUCAUAGUCAAUAAUGCCUCGGAGCCUGUAGAUCCUUGUAAAGUCUACCUCAAACAAUGUUUUAAUCAACAUUUACUCAGUUCACAAACCACCGGUAACUGUUGUUUAGAGAUGUCUCCAUUUUAAAUUAAACACGUGGGUGCUUUUAUUUAUUAUUUUAGAAAGUUUAUACAAUUAUUAAAUAGUUGAAAUUCAAGUGUACAUUUUUACAUGGCUUUGCAUUUAUUUGUAUGUUUUUUUUAAUGUUACAUUUGCAAAGGGAGAUGCGUGGCUGUUGUGCAUUGUUUGCCUAAAAAUGUAGCAUGUCCGAGUUUACAAACGUUUCAUGGAUUUGAUUUGAUUAAGCUCCAUGGAAUUUGUUAUGUCCACCACAAGUAUUAUCAUUUCAUUUGCAAGCAUGCUAAAACAUGAUCACUAUACCGUUUCUUCUUGUUUUUCUUUUGAUUCACAAAAUAUGAAAUGUACAUCUUGUAAACUAUCAAUACAUUUAUACAUAUUUGUAUUGCAGUUUUAAGAUACUUAAACAACUCCAUUCCAGAUUAAUCAAAACAAUAUAUAUACAUAUAUUGCUCUGUGAGGAAUUUUGGGCCUUGGAAGGGUUACAUUUGGCAUUUUACUUUUUAGUCAUUUAUUAGAUUCUUAUAUAUUGAGUGACUUAUAAUCAUACAACAAGAGGCUUUAAAUCAAAACAUGAUUAUCGUCAUCAAAACAUUACGGAAGUGAAUACCGUAGUACACAUUAUUAGAGUAUGCCAGAUCCCCUUACUUGAAGCAAUAGCCAGGUACUUUAUGAGCUGAUGUAGAUUAAUGCUGUGUGACCAUCGUGACAGGUUACAGCCGAUGCUCAGGGGUUGUCUCAGGUUGAACCUACCAAUCAAUAUCAUUCCAGCUCUGACAUUUACGCAGUUUUCAUGUCGGCCAUCAAAGCUCAUCAGAUCCCAAUCUUACCCCACGUCAGCGGAGAAAAUUGAGCCGCUAUGAAAUCCAGAUGUACGCCAGCAUCAUGGCCCCAAAUCUGGAACCGAACAUGUAUAAAGCCCUCUGUUCAAAUGACAGAGAUGGAACCUGAAAAUGUAAGAUUCUGUAACUGGAGCAAGAGCAAGGCUGUUGUGCUUGUACACCCUAUAAGGUUUCUGCACAUUUAAUUUGUACAUACAUCAUGGUUGAGCAAUAUAAACGCAUACUGAUCGGCCUGUAUUUACCCACUGACCUCUCAGGCUGGGGCCUGCUGGGCCAGGUCUGAAAAUAACAGCAUCCUUUUAUGUGUACUAAUAAUUAGCUAGGCACACACAGCCAUCCAUCAACCAGCAAUGAGCCAUGGCUGCUUUGUCAACAUGUUAAAGCUGUUUAUGUUGGCCACAAGUCACAAAUAAAAUAAUAAUGUAAUAAUAGGGAAGGGGCUGUGUGUGUGUGUGUGUGUGUGUGUGUGUGUGUGUG